AUGAUGCCGAACCACCCCUCGCCACCUCUCCACCACCACCACGACCACAGCACCAUCACCAACACCAACACCAACACCAACACCAAGAACAAGAACACACCCUCACCACCGCCCAACACCACCAUCACCACCCUCCUCUUCCACCACCCACCUCCUCCCCAUCUACAACCCAAAACCCAAACCCGCCCCUUCCUCACCUCCCUCCUCGGCGGUGGCGGCAACGGCAACAACUCCCAAAAAACGCGCCACCUAACCGCAACCCGCACGCUCCCCUACCCACCGGCACCGCUAUUCCGAAUCAUCAGCGCGGUAGAAUCCUACUCCUCGUUCCUCCCCUUCCUGACCGCAUCGACAGUCACCCACCGCUCGCCGGAGACGGGGCUCCCGACGCGCGCGUUCCUGACGGUCGGAUACGGCCCGCUGAGCGAGACGUUCACGUCGCGGGUGGACUGCGACGAGACGAAGUGGGUGGUGGAGGCGCGCAGCGGGGCGAAGUUCGGGGUGGGGAAGAAGGAUGGUCAGGAGGGUAUGGAGGGGUUUGUGGAUGAGGGGAUCUUUGAGUAUUUGAGUACGAGGUGGGAGUUGAGGGAUGUUUCCGCCGGAGGGAAGGAGUUGACGGAGGUGAGGUUGGAGAUUGGGUUUGAGUUUCGGAGUCAGUUGCAUGCUGCGAUGAUGGGGGCCGUCGAGGGGCAGAUGGCCCCUGUUAUGAUUGAGGCGUUUGAGAAGAGGAUUAGGGAUGUUCUUGGGGAGAGGUGA